CAUCACCACCAAUGGGCCCGACGAAGUGCAGCAACCUUCGCCGACCAUCGAGAAGGGCCUCUCCGCGCCCGCCGCACGCCGGAGGGAGCACCAAAAGCCAACACCGCCGGCGCCGAGAGAGAGAGAGAACGGGAAGCGCACGACGAGCAGCAACCGCGUGUGCCGGCGAUGGAGAGGGACGUCGUGGUGUCCGACCCCGAGGCCGCCGGGUCCUCGUCCACCCCCGCCUCCUCGUCGCGCUCCUCCUUCGCCGAGACCAGGGUCAUCUGCCGCGUGUGUCAGAAGCAGUUCGCGCAGUACACUUGCCCCCGCUGCAACGCCCGGUACUGCUCGCUCUCGUGCUACAAGGGGCAUAGUGUUCAAUGCACUGAAUCCUUCAUGCGUGAGAAUGUUAUGGAUGAGCUUAAGCAGAUGCAACCUGAGGAUGAAUCAAAGAAAAAGAUGCUAGAUAUUCUCAAGCGGCUCCACUUGGAAGAAGAGAUGGAGUCAGAUGGUGAAGAUGAACCAAUGUUAUCAGAAGAACUUAUUCAAAAAGUUAUGUCUGGGGAAGAGAUAAGGCUUGAAGACCUCUCUGAUUGUGAAAUCAAACGAUUUCGUCAAGCUCUGGCCUCAGGUGAGCUCAGUAAGAUGAUUGAACCGUGGACACCUUGGUGGAAAAAACCGUCAGCCAGAUCGAUUUCCCUUGGCCCAGAUGGAAGUCAGCUUAUCAGACAAGUAAACGCAGAAGACACUGCUGUACUAUAUCCAGAUCCAAAGACUGUCCAAGAGGCUAGCAUCAACGAAAUCCCUGAAGGGCCAGAAUCUCCUCUCCCGUCACUGAAACAGUUAACAAGGACAGAGCCAUCUCCUUUGCUUGCUGUCCACUUGGUUGACAUUCUGUACAGUUACUGCUUCACACUUCGGCUCUACAACGGUGAUUGGCACUCGGAUCCUUUGGGUGCUUCCACUGUCGCCCUGUCAAUGUCGAAAGUCAUGGGCCAGGAUGCUAAACCUGAGACUGUACCUGAAGCACUCACGGCCUGCAUCGAGGAGACAUGCUCACCAGCUUACAGGCAUACUGGUGGUUUCAGGUUUGCGAUUGGACUCGUGGAUGAUAUCAUCACCAUUCUCUCCUUGGGACAGAAUGCGCUUAUUUGUGCACUAUGCGACUUCCAUCGACUCAUUGAAGUUGGUAAGAGCAUGCUCAAGGCGGAGAAAGUGGGCAAGACGGAGAGGGCACAGAGCUCUUCGAAGCUUCGUAGUGCAGCUAGGAAGCUAUUCUUCAUGACUUGCUGGGUCCAUGAGCAGCCAAAUGAGGCGUGGCCAUCUUUAGCUCGCGUCGUCCAGGUGCAGAAAGCAUCUCUGGAGGAGUUGGACACCGGGAAUUGGAAGGCGGAUAGAAAGAGCAAACGACAGUCCACGGUUCUUAUUGAGGAGCUGUAGGCAUAUGGAUGUAACACUGGAUUGCGAAGCUCUGUAGUCUGUAACCUUCUGUAACUCUCAGGCUGAAUCCAACUAGAGGAUAUUCACCUUGUAAUGCAGCGAGUUGUUUUUGUAUACACACGCUAAUUUUGUUGAAAAUUGUAUACGAGCUUGAAAUCCUGUCUGAAGUGAUCUUGCUUUACUUGGUCAUGAUGCUUGUUAAGAAUGCGGGCUGAUCUUAAUCCCUGUGUUGGAGA